CAGACACAGGCCAAGCGGGGCAGGGCCUAGCCUGGCUUGAAUCACGCACGCUUUCAGCGUGUGGCCCGCAGCGGCAAGCCUCGCCACAACGCGGCUAUCCCGCCGCCGGGGCUGCUUAACGCUGCCGCCACCAUCCGCCUUCUCUGCCUCUGUCUCCCUCCCACGCCUUUAUUACGCGCGGCCCGUGCGGCGGCCACCUCUUCGGCAGGGCCCCGCCUUGCUCUCCGGGAGGGGCGGGGGCUACUGUGUGGUGGUGGGGGAGGAGGAGAAGGAGGCGGUGGCGAAGGAGCAGCAGCAGCAGCAACUACGAGUACCAGUGGCGAGGAAGCCAGUUAGCGGCCGAGCGACCUGCCCCAGCAGCCACCCGACAACAGUCACUCAUUUUACUGGGGGAAGGAGGCCGGGAAGGAAGGAAGGGAGGUGAAGGAGGAGGCGGCGACUGGCGAGGCAGCCAGAGCAAGGCAGAGGCAGCCAAGCGGAGGAAUCUCUCCCUUUCUCUGUUUCGCCUUGCUCGACGUCGUCCCUCCGACGCGCCCCUAGCCGAGACAGAAAAAGAGAGAGAGCCGCCCGCCAUUAGCGCUGGGAGCCGGUGGGCGCCGCCGGGCUCUCGGCCGGCUGGGCUGGGCCGGGCCGGGCGACGAAGAGGAGGAUUAGCCCAGUCACUCGAGGGCCGGGUCCCCGUUUGAUGGAUCCCCGGAUCGCCUGGUUCCAGCCAGAGCAGCUCGGCCCCUCGAACCGCCUGUGGAUGCAGAUCUGGGAGACCACGCAAGGGGUCCGCAAUCUUUAUUUCCAGCAGCAGCAGCAGCGCGCUCAGCAGCAGCAGCCGCUGCCGCCGCCUGCCUCAGCUCCACCGUCGUCGUCGUCCUCCACCUUCUCCAACAACAACCUCGCCUCCACUCCCGCCGCUGCCAACCCCGGGGUCAGCCCGGCCUCGCCGCCCGGCAUGUCCCGCGGCCCCCGCUUCGACCCUCAGCCCGACUUCCUGCCUCUCGAGAGCGCCAGCCACAACCAGCAGCAGCACAGCAACCACCACCACCAUCAUCACCACCACCAUUACCGGCGGCAGGCCUCGCCGCCUGCCGCCACCGCCUGGGCAGGCCGGCCCGGCACCCGGGUAACUCCAGCGCCGCCUGUCGCAGCCGUCUCGUCCUCGUCGCCUUCUUCCUCGGCCGCAUCUCCUUCCCCUGCCGCCUCGGCCGCGGCUACGGCAGCCGCUGCUUCUUCGUCUUCGCCUUCCCCCGCCGCUGCCGCCGUCGUCUCCAAUGCUUCGGCCGCCAGCAACAAGAGGAAGCGCGACAACAAGGCCAGCACCUUUGGGCUCAAUUACACCCUCUUGUUGGGGCCCGCCGGAGAAAGCGGGGGCCCGGCGCCGGGAGACGGCCCCCUGGGAAGGCCGCAGGCGGGCCCAGACGAGCCCGCCUACACCGGCACCCCGUGGAAGAAGACAAAUUACAGCCAAGGAGUAGUGGGUCUUCAUGAAGAGAUCAAUGACUUCUAUAAGUAUAUGUCUCCCAGACCUGAAGAGGAAAGAAUGCGGAUGGAAGUGGUGAAUAGGAUAGAAAAUGUGAUAAAAGAACUCUGGCCCAAUGCAGAUGUGCAGAUAUUUGGAAGUUUUAAGACUGGCUUAUAUUUACCUACUAGUGAUAUUGACUUAGUCGUGUUUGGGAAGUGGGAGACGUUGCCUCUUUGGACCCUGGAAGAGGCUCUCAGAAAACACAAUGUGGCAGAUGAAGGUUCAGUAAAGGUUUUAGACAAAGCAACUGUACCUAUAAUUAAACUGACAGAUUCCUUCACUGAAGUAAAAGUUGAUAUCAGCUUUAAUGUGCAGAAUGGGGUAAAAGCUGCGCAUCUCAUCAGAGAUUUUAUCAAGAAAUAUCCUGUAUUGCCAUAUCUAGUCUUAGUAUUGAAGCAGUUCUUGUUACAGAGGGACCUGAAUGAAGUUUUUACAGGUGGAAUUGGAUCUUACAGUCUUUUUUUAAUGGCUGUCAGCUUCCUCCAGCUACAUCCCAGAGAAGAUGCCUGCUCCCCCAAUGCCAACUAUGGUGUCCUUUUAAUAGAAUUUUUUGAAUUAUAUGGGCGUCAUUUUAACUACCUGAAAACAGGAAUCCGGAUAAAGGACGGUGGCUCAUAUGUGGCUAAGGAUGAAGUUCAGAAGAAUAUGCUAGAUGGCUAUAGACCAUCAAUGUUAUACAUUGAAGACCCACUACAACCAGGUAAUGAUGUCGGCAGAAGUUCUUAUGGUGCCAUGCAAGUAAAACAGGCCUUUGAUUAUGCAUAUGUUGUUUUGAGCCAUGCAGUAUCGCCAAUGGCUAAAUAUUAUCCCAACAAUGAAAGCGAAAGUAUAUUAGGAAGAAUUAUCAGAGUAACACAAGAAGUGGCAACAUACAGAGAUUGGAUAUCGAAGCAGUGGGGAAUACAGAAUAGCACAGAGACUUCAUGCAAUGGUAAUGGCGUGACCUUGAUAGUAGAUAACCAACAGUUGGAUAAAUGCAACAAUAAUAUUUCUGAAGAGAGUGAAUUGCUAGGGAAACCUAGAAGUAAAACCUCAGAGACACCAAGCAAACACUCAUCAAACUCUUCAUCAGGCCCUUUGUCAUCAUCAUCUUCUACACUUUCCAGCUCCAGUGAUGUAGAGUCUGAUGGGACACCAUGCAAAACCUCUAAACAGCUGGGCUGCCGCCAAGCUACAACAAACAGAAUGGCUACUCAGGACAUAUCACUGGGAUCCAUGCCACUGAGUGGGAAAAUUCCAAGUGGCCAAAUAGUGAAUGCAUCUGGUGUUGUAAACAAAUCCCAGCACGGAUCUACGAGGUUAUUCCGCACUUCUUCCAACAAAGGCUUCCAAGGUCCAGCAAAUUCAAGCCAUGGUACCUCGGUCAUAAACAAACAGCACCAAGGCAGCAAAACACACCAGUAUAUCCAUGGCAAAAAGAGGAAACACAAGAGGGACGCAGGGCUUUCGGACCUUUGUAGAUAGUUCUCCUAUCUGACAAUUUUGACUGUUCUUCUGUGUGCAAUGAUCUCACGCUACAAGAAUAAGUUGGACAGUGACACCCCCCCCCCAAGAAUCUCGUCUGGAGUCUCAAGACUGUUGAAACGUUGAUUAGCAACACAUUGUAGUUUUUUUUCCAGCUCGCCACGGAACAGAUCAUGAAGACUGAUAAUGGCAAAAAAGAGUCAGGGAGGGAUGGUGGGAGAGAGGAGGAAAAGGUCACUCAUCCGACAAGGCAUAUGCUACCACAGGGUUGUUUAGGAUAUAAAAGCUUGAAUGUAAAAUAAAUUAUUUCCCAUCAGCUUUUCUGCUGACCUGUAGUGGGGUAGUAUUCAAUGUGUUUAAGGGGUUGGUAAUGGAACUAAAACAAAAGGAUAAAAAGUGGAAAAAAUAUAUUUUGAGAGAAACCCAAAGUUCAAAGGAGAGAAAGCAAAUUCAUGCAUGAUAAUUUUAAAAUUAUUUUUGCAUAUAUUUACCAUUUUAUUGUGUAUCUAUAGAUGACCAUAUAGGAAAAUUGACAUUUGUAAUAGUGGAUUUGUUAAUACUUUUUACAUAACAUUGCCGUUUAAAUUGUAAAAACAUUUUCCCCUUCUCCCUCAGGAUUAGCUUAAAAUAAUAAUAAUCUGAAUUGUCAGUUGAACAUCAGACAAUGUAGUGAGUGAGUUAUAUGGCUCAGAAUUGUGUUUUUUUUCCUUUUUAGCAUUGAAAUAAUUUAAUAGCACAUUUAUGCAUCUGCACAAGUUGCUUCUCUGAAGGAAAAAAACCAGGUAAGAUGCAGGGGCAAAGACUCAUUUAUAAAGUGUACAAAAUGCAUCCUGUGUCCACUCUGAGCUUGUAUUUCCUCUCUUGGGAAGAAAAUGAAAUUGUGACCUUAUUUCUAAAGUGCCAUCAUCUCAGGCAAAGGGGUAUUCCAGGUUAGUUUUCAUCAGAAGUCUUUUUUUAAAAAUUUGAUAGGAAACCAAGCUACUUUUUGGGUGGGUGGGGGGAGAGGAAGCACUUUGCUGUAUUAAGGAAAAACAUCUCAAGUUCAUUGGUGAUGCCUACAUUUUGGGACCUCCUGUAAAUCUUAAGCCUUUAUUUUCUAUUUUUGUGCCUUCAUCCCCAUUUUUUCUCCUUUAUCUUGCAACUUUGUAUCUUUUAUUUUUAUUCUUUUUUAAAAAAUCAGAAAUGAAACUGUUAAGGCAGUUUAAAAUUUUUUUACUUGUUAUCUCAUUCUCUUUUUGGUACAUUUUUAAAAUUCACCUGUAAAGAAUUAAAAUGGUCUUCAAUAACGGAAAGAAAUUUGUAUUGCUAUCUAAACAGCUGAAACCUUUCAUAUCCAAGACUUCAAUGAUUUCUCCCACCCUGCCUCUUAAAAUGUUUAAACAUUUCCUAGCUCAGCCAUGCUGUGGAUUUUAAGACUGAAGAGAAAUUCAUGCUAUGAAUGCGGAAUGGAAACAUGUAGGGUUGUAGUCACUUGCAUUGUUUGCAAAAAGGAUUUGGAGCACUUUAAUUGAUAGAAUGUAAGGUGACAUUUACUGUAAUAUUGUUCUUUGAAGGGGGAAGUGUGUGUGUGUAGUAUGCAAGACUUUGUUCAUUGUGUCCAGUCUGGAGAAUAACGAUGAUCCUUUUAUGAGGAAUAAUAUUAGCUUUUAGGUGUUUCUUUUAUAAUUGCAGACCAACUUGACCUUCAGUAAGCACUGAUCAAGUGCAAAAGAUUUUUAAGUAAAAUAAUGCAACAUGACCAAAAACUGUCAUGACUGAAAACUAAUAAAACACGCUGUAGAUGGUAUAGCAUUUACCUUCCAAGAAAAUGGAGGGAAAAAACACAACCUAGCCACCAUAAUGCUCAAGAACACUAAGCUUAAAAAAAAGAAUGUUAAGUAGUCAAAAUAUUUUAAGUUUUAGAUCCACAUUUGUUCCAAUCAGUUUUUAUCAACAAGAUUUUUGUUACUAUAAUUUACUACAAGUGCAUUAUCAAAGUAUUUAUUUUGAAAUUUAAAAUGUUUUAUAACUGUGUAGGCCUACCUUCACUGCUUUGGGAACAAAUUCUAAAUUAUAGUAAUCCAGUAUUACUAGCUGCUGUUACCAAAUGCUGUUACAAAUGCGUAAUAUACCGAUCUGUAUUAUCCACACUGAAGGUUUUUUUAAUUAUUAUUAUUUUUUUUCAAAGAAUCACCCUCAUUGUUGGAAACAAAUGUUCUGUCAGGAUGCAGAGAUUGGUGUUCCAAUAAGCAUGUGAUUAUUUUAAUGUGGUGGUAGCGGGAAGAUAAUCUUGAUUCCAUUGGGAAUCUUUGGUUUGCCUCAAUUUAUGGUUUUCAUAAAUUUUAAUGGGAAAUUAGCUUUUCCUGAACUGCUCAAGUUUCAUUUUGUAAACAGUAUCUUUCUAGCAGAAGACAACGAAUAAAAAGCAUGAAGGAGAAAUUGAGGUAUUUAUUUGGCCUCAAAUUACCAGCAUUGUAUUCAUAAAACACUGUAUGUCUAGCAAAUCUUUAUUUAAACUGAACAGUUGAACUGUUCAUUUUUUCAAUCUGAAGUAAAAACAAAAGUUUCAAGACCUUUAAGUUUUGCCUGCUCAUUUAUCUUGUACAUUUCAUCUCUGUAUUUGACUUAAGU